GGCGGUAGCCAUUUUCCAAACUCUCACCGUUCUACACCUCUGGUCCUGGUCCACGGUUUCUCCAGCUUUUGCUAGCGUUUUGAAACCUCCAUUUAUCCACUCACCUUGCACAUUUUGUUUUAUUUACAAUUUUAUUAACUCUGUUAGUGGUUAAAUAAUCGAAUCUAGUCUUUCUUACGGUAUUCUACGCAUCACACGAAGUACGCAACAAUGUCUGACGAUCAGCAAAAAGAACAACAAACCAACGGAACCAACGACAAUAAUGGCGUCGAACAAACAAACAGCCAAGAUGAAGUCAAAGAAGAUGACAGGAAAUUAUUUGUUGGUGGUUUGAGCUGGGAAACAACAGAAAAGGAAUUAAAAGAACAUUUCAUUCAAUAUGGAGAAAUUACAAACAUUAGCUUGAAAACAGAUCCUGCGACUGGUCGUUCCAGAGGAUUUGCUUUUAUUAUCUUUAAAAGUGUCGAUGCCUUAAAUAAUGCAUUUGCAGCGGGAGAUCACGUAAUUAAUGGCAAAAAGAUUGAUCCUAAAAAAGCUAAGGCCAAACAAGAAAAAGUGUUUGUCGGAGGAUUGCCUUCUGAUGUUACCAAUGAUGAGAUCAAAGAGUUUUUCGGAAAGUGGGGUGUUAUUGUUAACUUAGAAGUUCCCUUUGACAAAAUGAAAAAUCAGCGUAAAGGCUAUUGUUUUAUCACUUACGAAUCUAGUGACAAAGUUCAAGAUCUAUUCAAGACUGCAAAACAAACAAUUAAAGGCAAAGAAGUUGAUGUGAAAAAAGCUGCGCCGAAACCAGCAAACCCUUAUGCUAAUCCCAAAACAAUGAGGGGUCGAGGUGCUGCUCGUGGAGCAUAUGGGCCGUAUGCUGCACCAUAUGGAGCUUACCCUCCUCAAGGCUAUGAUUACUACGGAGGUGCUGCAUACCCGGGAUAUGAAGCUGACUACUAUGGAAGUUAUGGCUAUGCGGGUUAUGAUUACGGUUAUGGUUAUGAAGCACCUCCAGCUCCAGUUUCUGCUGCCAGAGGACGAGCUGCAUUUAAUGGUGCCGGAAAAGCAAGAGGUACUUCCCGAGGAUCAGGAGCCAGACAUGCUCCAUAUUAAUCAAUUACACAAACCUUUCCCAUCUUAUUUGAUAUAUGUUUUUUUGUAUGUGUGCGUGUGUUUAUAUGUAUUUACACUUUUAGGUGACUUAGUCUUAUUUUUUUUUACAAACAAAUUCUUUUUCUGACAAUAAUGACUUGUUAAUUUAAUAGACCAUCCUUUUCUCCAGUCCUAUUAUUAUUUUGUAUGUUUUAAACAUAAAACAAUUCAAUGUACAAACAAUAAAUUAUAUAUUUAAUCAUAGCACUAACAAUAUAACAAAAAAUACUUGUAAUGUACGUACAUUUUUUACUCUACU